GGAACGUAUUACGUUCGACGUUUAAUGUGACAAUCAUUGGGCAAUAUUGAAAAAAUACGCAUAAAUGGAGGGAGAAGUUAAAAGCAAAUUUACAAUUGCCGCUUUGUUUACACACGUACUCAAACAAUCGAGCUUGGGAAAUAAGUUUUGGACUAAAAAUAAAUAUUCAUCGUAAGUAAAUUAUAGUAAACGCAACAGUUUUUACUAUAUUUCUAGACCACUUACUAGGUACUUAUAUAUAGAUUAAAAAAAGGGCUUGAGAUAUUUUAUUUGGCCAUUCGAGUAAUAUAAAAUAAUACCCACCCCCCACAAGCAGUGGCGAAUUUUAGAAAGGGAAAAGGGCCAUUUUCCGGGUAGCAAAAUUUCAAGGAUAGUAAAAUUUCAAUGUUUGGAUAAGGAAAAUUAUGAAAAUAAUUAAAUAUGGGUAUGUCCCUGUUAAUGGGGAGUUGUAAAAAUAUUUUAUGUAUCACUGUCAGUAAGUAUAAUUAUAAACUCCAUAAAAGUUUAUUUUUAUAAUUUUAUACUACUAAUUUUGUUUAUAAAAAACAAACAAAACAAAUUUUAAAAAACAAUACUCAAAAUUUAAACUAAUUACAAUCUACAUGAUUUAUGGUUAGGAACAACUAUAGUUUACUGAUUAUAAUUAUUAUUUGUUUAUUUGGUUUUGAUAAUUAUGUAAGGUAUAAUUAUUAUAUCAUUAAAAUGUCCCAUGAAAAAUGAAUAACAGGAUAAAAUUCCUAAUGACAAUACGCGGUGUCGUAAUAAUAAACGAGGUUGACAGUUUUAAGUACCUACCUAGGAUCUUUUGUACAAAACAACGAUGGUUAUUACGAGUAUAUGAAACAUAGAAAUAACUAAUAAGUAUGGUUGGAUAGCGUACAAAUAGAAACGUCAGGUGUUUUGUAUGACGAGAGAAUUCGAAUGGAACUUAAAAGUAAGUACUACAAAAGAGUGGUAAGACCGAUAAUAUUGUACAAUUCGGAGUGUUGGGUGCCGAGUGGUAAACAGAAAAAUAUAACAGAGAAUGAGUGUUACAGAGAUGAGAAUGAUGGUGGAUGAAUGGAGCCAUGAGAGAAGAUAGGAUAAGGAAUGAGUACUUUAAAGAUAGCUAAGGCGUGGAGAAGACAAUUAACUGAUAUAUUAUCAGUAAAGAUCGGAUUUUGACAUUGCAACUUGUUUUGCAACGAAGAUACAUCAGACCUGAUUAAAUAUAUAGCCGAUAAAUACUAAAAAUAUUCUGCCUAAUUAAUUUUAUAAUACAAUUUUUUUCAAUUUUCGACGUUUUUGCAUUUUUUCGCAAUUUUACCAUGUUUAUAAAUCAUAGGCGUUUAUCGUUUGUCUGGAAUUUUCUAGAAGCUUGGCGAGCCCAGCGAUCGAUAAGCGUCUAUAUAUUUAUGGUAGUAAAUUAAACGUAGUAGUACAACGAUUCGUGUGCGUUUACCUUAGUACCUAUUUCUUUGAUCAAAAUUUACCGCACGGCGAAUGUAUUCGACGUAAUGCCUAAAAUAAAAUCAACUUUAAAAAGUAAAAUUUUGAAUUGGAUUGCUCCAUACAAUAAAAAUAAAGAAGUAUUUUCAUCAGAUGUAAAAGUUAUAUAUUGUAACAAAUCUGUGUCUACUGAAACAAAAUAUCUAUUAGAUCAUCAUUCCAAAACAAGUAAGUUUUGUAUUUUAUGCUCAAAUUACACGUAAUAUACUACAUAUUAUUUCAAAAAUACAUGUAUAUCUUUUUUUAGUUCAACACAUAAAUGCAUUACAAAGAAAUAAAGAAAAAAAAACAGUUUUUGAUUACUUCUCACAAUUCGAAUAGUAAAAAUUUAUUUUUUGAAGAUUUAUGUAAUGCAUUUAUUGCUGCAAAUAUUCCUUUGUAUAAGUUAGCCAAUCAAGUGUUAAAAUCAUUUUUGGAAAAACAUAAAAGCACUUUAAGAAAAAAUUACACACCAAAUAUUUAUAAAAGCAUUAUGGACCAAGUAAUUAGUGAUAUUGUAAAUAAUUACGUUUACAUAAUUAUUGGCAAAACAACCAAGAGGUUUAUAUAAAUAUUUUUUUUUUAUUUUUUCAUAUAAUAUACUAUUUUCGUUUAGCUUUGACUAUCGCAAAUUUAUUAAUUGAUAAAUUAGAUGGGACGUCUAGUAAAUCAUAUUUAGUUGCACAUAAAGAACUAGAAUCCACCAAUUAUGAAACUAUUUAUCAGUUUAUUAAUUCCUCGUUAAAAAUAUUUCUUGGUAUUGAACAAAAAAUAUUACUUUUUAUUAGUGAUGCUGGUACUUAUAUGAUCAAAGCAAAAAUAUUUUUCCCGAAAUUAAUUCAUAAUUACAUAUUUUGUUUCAAUAGAGUUCUAGAGAAAAUUCGAGAAUUGUAUCCCGACAUUAAUAAAUUGAUUAACAAUAGUAAUAAACUAAGUACCUAUUUAAAAUCUAAAUACAUAUGUAACUUAUUUCCUUUAUUUCAGUAAAAAAGCUUUCCUAAAAACACCACCGUGAAUAAAUAAAUACAGAAAAGAAAUACCGGGUAUACCUUUACAACCCGAACCUAUUAUUACAAUAUGGGGAACAUGGUAAAAUACUGCACUUUUCUAUGCAAAUAAUUUUUAAAAGUUGAACAACUCAUACUACGAGUGUCGAAAUGCUGUAACAGCUUGUAUAAAAUAAUGCAGACAAAUAUGGUUUAGCAUUCAUAAAAUUACACUUACUCGAGUUAUCCAAGAAUCUUGAAAAUUUGGAAGAAUCUAAUAGUGAGCUACUGAAAACAUGGAUAUUUUUAGAAAAAUUGAAAAUAUUUUAACAAAUAUUGCUAGUCCAAAUGGGAAAAAAUAAAAUAAAAAUGUAUGUAUGUAACUGAAAAAUAUGAAGGGUAUAAAACUGUAAAGUUUUACUAUGAAGUCAUGUCAGGUAAUGCAAAUUUUAAUUUAGAUAUAACGACUACUUUAUUAAAUUAUAUUAAAUAUACACCAAUAACUAUUGUAGACAUAGAACGUAGUUUUUUUUUUUUGUACAUAUUUUAAGUAAUAGAAGAUUUAAUUUUAAUGAAAACGAUUUAGAAAUUUAUCUAAUUAUCAAUUUUAAUUAAAAAAUAUAAUAUUUAUCUAAUUCUUUUUAUAUAACUUUUGCAUUUUUAUGGUGCAAUUUAUUAAGCAAUUUUUACGUACUUUUUGGUGCAAUUAUAUAAUUUUAAUAUACAAUUUUUGUAUGUUUUGAAUGCAAUUAAAUCCGAUAUUUAAUUAUCAGUCAUGGUUUGGACACGUCACGAGGAGAGAAGCAGUAAGAAUGGUAAUGAAAAUCAAUUCAGGAUAAAAGAGAAGAAAAUGAAUACCGAAAGAGGUAGUUAGAUGCGAUUUAGAAUGAUAUGAGAACAGCUGAUGUACGCGAGGUAAGAGAUCGGGUCAAGUGGAAGUUUAGGACGAAGGUGGUCGACCCAAAAUAGUUGGAAUGAAGGCGAAGAAGAAGAAGUAGUAUUUUUAUUCGAAUGUUGCAUGAAUAUAUCACUGUGGUGAUGUUUUUAUUUAAAUAUAGGUAUUCGUACAAAUGAUCGAUUCUCCUAUAUCGCGCGAUAAAAUUAUGUAUCCCAUGUAAUUUGGUGAUUUAAAUUAUUAUACUUAUGUGAGUUAAAAACAAAAUUCAAUACAUAAUUUUAUUAACUGUCAUUAUUAUUGUAUUUUUAGGCUGUAUUGGAUAUGCGUGUCGAUUGGAUCGUUUGCGUUGGGUGUAUUUUUGUCGCGGGAUAUUGUCUUCAAGUGGUAUGAAUCUCCAGUGAACAGAUUUAUGAUUAACAAACCUCGGCACUUGUCCGAAAAUCCGUUCCCCGCGAUUACGAUUUGCCACCACGAUCCCAUUAAUUCAAACACAAUGAACUUGGCUUCCGUGUUGGGUUGGACACGAGAAAAUAAAACCGACGAGGAGUUAGUACUUCGAUAAAAUAUAAUAUUGCAGCGUUAAAUAAUAUUUAUUCAUCGCCAGCGUAGGAUAAGUCAGUGGUGGUCCUACGGGAGAGGAGGAGUGGCGAUGGGUGAAUCGCCCCCACUUGGCCUAUAUUAUAUUACUACAAAAACCUGAUAAUACAUCUAUAUUUUACAUUAUUUUAUGAUUAAUAAUUGUGGUAACAAAGCGAGAAAAAAUCAACGAUUUUAAUAUUUGUUUGCAACACUAAGUUUCGCCUAUUCUAUGUUAUGGCUAUGAUAAUGUGACGGGCACUUGGGGACGGCAUACUCUACCAACGGCAUACUCACACCGCUCGGGUGAUACAGAGCACACGAUGAACCUGUUAUCAUAAAUAACCUAACUCAUAAUACAUUGAAAAUGUUAUAUUGUUUAUGUUUAACUUAUUCUUGCUCAUUCGUUCGUAGAACAUGGCUAAGGUCAAAAAUGGAGAAUACCAGACUUAGUGGCUUAGCAUUACUUCAUAUUUAUAGAGAUGUAAUCAUAAGUCAUGAAAAUAUUAUAGACCGAUUAGCAAAACAAAAAAAAACCGAAAAAGGAUUUUUAUUUUGUAAUAUUACAUGAAAUAAAUUUUAAAAUUGAACAAACUAUUUUUUUUUAUGACAACUAUUUUUAAGGAUUGUGUUUUAUGUGAAAAAUAUUUCGCCCCCCACCCCCUUAAAAUUUGUCAAGGACCGCCACUGAGAUAGGUACUCAAAUUAUUAUAUAUUUAACCUAACAUUGCCACAUUAUAAAAUGUAAUAUUACUUAACAUAGGUAAAGUUAGGUUAGGUUAAUACCUACCCAUUCAUAUUGUAUUAUAGUAUUGUACGGUAUGUGUAUUGUAUACAUAUAUAUCUUAAUUUAAUAUCUUAUUAGGUGUCUAUUAUAACAUUAUUCGAUUAUUAAGACUAUAUUCAAAAUAUGGAUUUGUUAAAUUAAUUUAAUUUCGAUUUGUUUUUAGGUGGCAAUCGUUGAACAUAGUAUAUGACUUGUGCCAUUGGAAACACAAGACCACUUUACUAGACACAGUUAAUCCCGAAAUCGUCUUUAAAGUAUUGAAGGUGAUAUGUUUAUGGAAAUGAUUGUAAUUAAAAUUAAAAUAUGUGUUAAUAACUUAAUAGUUAAUGUAACUAUACUCUACAUUUUAUACAACAAAUGUCGAUACUUCUAGUGGGUGUGCCGUGUUUAAUAAGAAAUUUGGAAGAGAAAAUAAAAUAUAGAGUAGUUUAAUUGAUACGUGUACAUGACGAUAAACUGUUGUUAAAGAGUAAAAUUUUUCAUUAAUUUGUCCUUGUUCCCAACCCAGAAAUCGACAAAAAUUAUUAAAUUAUUAAAAAAUCUUAUCAGUUUUUGCCAUUUACUAAAAAAAAUUAUAAAGAGUUUAAAAAAAAAAAAGCUAAAUUACACGAUGUGAAACUAAUGCGUGAGUUAAAAUUUGACAUGAUUCGAUCAGUGUAAACUUAUCUCAGCCUCUGGACGUGCGUCAAAAACGAUAAGCCUAUUUUGAUUCGCGUCAUGUAAACUAGUUGUUUUGUCGCUGCUCACUUUGAUUUGACUUACUUCCGCAUAGGAUGAGCACCGUUUAAACCAGGGUUUCCCAACCUUUUUUACUCAACGCCCCUUUUAGAUUGUCAAAAAACUCUUACCAUUCCCUCCCCAAUAGAUUAAAAAAAAAAAAAAUUAAAGUUUAGUUUUUAAAAUCAACCAUUUAAUUAAAGUGAAAAAUAAAUAUUUUCUUUACGUUUUGAGCUCGAACAUUUUAUUACAAUUACGAAUAAGUGUAACUAACGUGCAUGCACACUAAAUUAUAUAGCUUCAUGUAAUAAAUACAAGUAUACAAAUUUGUCGGAAAUAUCCGUAUGAAAAUAGGACCUUUCGCUGUUACUUCACUAAAUUUCGCUGUUAUUGUAAUGUGUAUAAAAUAUUUAAUUAUUUUCUAUUGUAUGCAGAUAUACAUUUCAUUGUAAUAAGUUAUGAAUUUGCUAAUAUUGUUUUAAUAAUAAUAUAAUUGUUUUUAAUAAUAGUGAACUAUUUUUAAUAAUAAAAGUCACAAUAGAAUCGCUCUUCUUAGUACCCCCUUAAGUAAAAAGCCCCUUUAUAAUUAAAAAAGCCCACAAGGGGGCGGUACCGCUCACAUUGUAAAUCACUGGUGGAAACAGUUGUUUCCAGUGAAUCAGCUGUUUUGUGUGACAGCCAUCAAAUUCGCGUCGUCUGAACCCGGAUUUAUACAUGUUCUGAAUUAAAAAUUAAUAAUUAUUAAACAUAUAAUAUUGAAAAUACCGUAUUAAUAAAAACCAUUUACCUCCCACCACCAGGAAUUUUCAAUCAAGUGUCAAGACACUAUUAAACUAAUUCGCUGGCAAGAUAAAAUUAUCGAAAAUCCGUGUACAUUUAUGCAACCUACGUUCGUAGUAAAAAGUCUAUGUUACAGCUUGAACGCCUUGCCGUAUCAUAAUUUGUAUAGACAAACGCCAUAUAAGUUGUAAGUUUAUUAUCCAAUAUUUCUUCAUACAUAACACACAAUGAAAACGUAACUGAAUGGUUUUAUUUCCAUCAGGCAAGAAGCGCUUCAGAUCGGUAAAAAAUGGUCUAGUUUAACGAGUGAUUGGAAUCCCGACCAAGGUUACGGUCAUAACGCUAACGUACCGUGGCGAAUUAAUUCGACGGGAUUUUGGAACUCCGUCGAGAUUGUAUUGGAACAAAGCGAUUCAUAUUACGGCUGCUCGAGUAAACAAGGAUUUACAGUUAAGCGUUUCAAAGUUUAUCGUCAUAUACAUACAUAUAUAUGCAUACAUCACAUUUUGAAUACUCGUUUUAAAUUAAUAAAUGUUAUUAUUCUGCUUACAAAAGCGUUCGAAAAAAUCAUAUAUUAACCAUAUACUUCCGAUAAAAAAUAAAAAAAUAAAACGAUUAUAGAUUGCCUUUGGUACCUUUGUUUCAGGUUUAUUUUCACAGUCCGGCGGACGUUCCGGAUUAUUCGCAUGAUUCUAUAAAAUUCUCAAAGAGUACCCACAGUUUCGUUCAGAUCACCACUCACGUGACUCUGACGGACGACAGCAUAAAAAGUUGGGAGCCCGAAAAACGAGGAUGUUAUUAUUCGAACGAGAAACGGCUGAAAUACAACACAAUCUAUACGUACACCAAUUGUUAUGUCGAAUGUCAAUUGAAUAAUACCGAGAGUCUGUGCGGUUGCGUUCCUAUGUACAGAAUAAGUAUGCACGUUGAACAACACCUUAAAAAGUUAAACACGAUCAAAACAACGGCUCAGUUUUCCUAUUGUAGUUGUAUCAUGUAUUUUUCAAAAUCGCAUUUACAUAAUACGAGCGAAUCGCGAUAAAAUAGGUAUUUUAUACGUGCAUCGCAUUUGGCGUGUGCCUAUUCAUCGGAUAUUGUAGGGGGCGAUUCGAGUUGACGUUAGGCACCUGCGUCAGACGUCAGUCCGUUAUCAACAUUAUUGUUUACCAAACUAUGUUGUAAUAUUAUUAUAGGUAAACAAUAACAUUACGAGUAAUGACUAAUUUAUUGGGUUCAAUUUUUGAAAUUCGGUCAUUGAAAUAACGCGAUAAACAUUGCGCAAAAUAAAUAUUAAAAAUCAAAAAAACUACUAAAUAUUAUAAUAUGGAAUUUGAUACUCGCGUUAAUUCAAUUUACAACUAAAAAUUAAUUACAAUCGUAAUUUUAUCAUUUAUCGCUUUACCGGUAAUAGCUGAAAUUACGUCUCGUAAUUACAUACGAGUAUACGUUAUUAGGUAUAUACCGGUAUACCUGUAACCUACAACAUGAUUUUUUUUUCUUUUUACAGAUAGUUCUUUUCCUGUGUGCGGACCAAAUCUGCACAAUUGUCAAGCCAGUGCUGCAAGUAAAAUAUUCAAUAAUUUCUAA